AAGUGCAGAUCCAAAAUCAAUGCAAAUCCUGUUAGCCGAGGGCAGGAGAGGCUCCAAUCACACCAGGGGCUCUUCUGGAAGGACCUCAGGCGUUUGCUAAACCUCAACAGAGGUAGCCCUGGUCUGAUUUGGGGGCAGUUGGGCAGGCUGGGGUGGGCCAAAGGUGGAGAAAUCCUGUCUUAGGUGGCUGGGGAGGAGGACCCCCCCCCUUUGGAGCUGGACCCUGAAGGGAAUCCCUUCCAGGACCCACUGGAGAGGCAGGUAUUCCCUGCCUUCCAGGGGUCUCCAGGAUACGCAACUCCUGAGCUGUGUUAAGUCUUUCAAACCACAAGCAGCAGCUGGAAUUGCCAGCUGGUAACCUGUGCAACAGGUUGCCAUUGGUCACCCAGGCAGAACGGCCCCCCUUCCGGUUCAGAACUCGGCCCGUCCAGCCAAAGGAAGGGAAGGAUGGGGUGGCAGGAGAGCAGCACUCUGACAUUUGAGGGGCUGCUGCAAGAAGACGGGGACGGCCUGUUUUCCAAAGCACCGGAGGGAGGAGGAGAAAUAAGGGACGGGAGAUCCAGCCUGGAAACGAGGAGAAGAAUUAAUUAGGGGAGCGGGUGGCCUGCUAAAAACACAGGAGCUUUUCCAGCCCCAUAGCCACGUAUUGGGCCCGAGGGGGAGAAAGCUUAAGCCUCUGAUUUCCUCCCAUAGCAAUUAAUCUGCCUGGCUCUGGGCUCCACAGCCAACAGGCGCUGGCACGCUGGGUAGAUUUGCCCUGCACUGCAAUGCCACCCAAAGAGCCUUAGGCAUUAAUGGAUGCGUUUGUUCUGCUCGGUAAUUAUUAAUUGCCCUCUGGAAUAAAGCGGAGUAAAUGGCAGCAUGAAGAGGUCGGCAGGGCCCCCCCAGGUGCGGUUCCAGCCGGUCCCAGGAGGUUCAAGGGUGUUUUCUGGGUUGGGGAUCUUCGGGAUCCAUGUGGUUUUAGUUGUUUGAAAGAGGAGGCUCAGCCCAACGCCAGCUGCUGCUCCCGGGGUUCCCCAAACGGAGGGGUCACCCCAGGACCUCCAAGGGCCUCCCUAGCAUGAAGCGAACCCGACUUUGGGAUGUGCUGGAAUAUCUUUGCCGGCUGCUGGGCCUCUCGACCGGAGCAGUGCUCCUCGGUGUGGGCAUCGAGACGCUUCUGGAGGGGCAGUUCCAGAGCCUGGCCCUUUAUCUCCUUAUUUCAGGGAUGGCCGUUUCUCUCUGGGAAGUGGCGUUCUUGGCCAGCCUCCUUUUCAUCUCCUGCUUCAGCCCCCGGAGGGGAUCCACGAUGGACGCCUGCUGGCUCCGAGCCAAACGCCAAGGAGCUUUCCAGAAGUUCCUGGCUUACGCCCUGCUCUCCGUCGCCUGCUUCCUCAGCCCCGUCCACAUCUGGCAGGUGGUGCUCCCAGGCUCCUUGCUGAUCCUCACCAGUCUGGCCUAUUUCCUGCUGAGCAAACGACGCAAAGAAGACCCAGGAAAUGGGCCCCCAGAACAGAGCGGGGACCCUGGCGGUGAUGGAGCCAUUGAUGAAAUGGCCGAGGACGGGAGCAGACAAACAACCUCUUCCCGCCGUAGACUCUGUCCCCCCGCCGGCUCUCUGAGGAGCUUCUUCCACGCUUGCCAAAGGCCGAUGAUGGCCUUCCUGGCUUCCUCAGGCGUUGUGUCUGUGAGGAAGCCCCUUGACUCCGAGGAGGAGGAGCAGAGGGCGCUUCCCCUCCGAGGAGGGCCGGAGGGCUUGGCCAAGGAAAGCACGUCUGAAACGGCCCUCAUCCUUUCUGCCCAGGAGUGACUGAAGAAGAAGAAGAAGUAGCUCUCCUUUCUCUCUUGCAGCAGAAGUCCGAGGCCGAGAAGCCUCUGCAAUGGCCAACGGCCAAGGAUCCCGGCUGGCCGCUGCCUUCGCCCCGUGUCCCCUUCCCUCCCAAAAGGAGGGACAGUUCUUCUUCCGUGGUGUUUCUUUAUUCCGUGGUAGCCAUGCAGGUAACGGCUCUGACAGCCACGGGAGAGAGAGACUGGGCAGCCGGAGCAACGGGUAACAUGGCCGAGGAGGCGUCUGCUUGGACAGAGGAAGGUGGCAGAGGAACAUUUCUAGAAAGCAAUUCCCAUCCUAUAUCUUUGCUGCCUCAAAUGUUAUCCAACAGUGUGG